UUUACACGUCACCAGUUUCCUGUUGUUAUUUUGUCAAUGGUGGACAGUCUAACUAACUCAUAAAUAUUGGGGAAUAUCAACACUGUAACCAGGAAAAGACAACCUGGAAGGCGGUAAGCUAUUUACUAAUAGAAGCUAAAACCAAACUCUCCAAGCCGGUGGCAUUGACAAGAGGCGGGAGCUAAUUAGUUAAUAGCUGGCAAAAAUCUGACAGUAGGCUAGCCACUGUAGCAGUAGCAGCGGCCUUGGUCGGUUUUGGAAAAGUUGCCUGAUUUUAUGUCCAUCAUCAAGAAAUUACCAUCAUCACGAGCUAUGGACAUCUAGUUUGGAGCGUCACCCGGACCGAGCUGUCAGCUGCAUGGAACAGUCUGAAUCAGACCAAAGCUGCUUUGCAGCACAUUGAGAACUGUCUGGAGGCUUCUCCUGGCUCUGGAGUUCUGCUGGAUUCCGUCAUGGAUACAAAGAAAAGCUCUGGGGGCGCCACCAGGAAAGUGAGCCGCAGAGAUGGGCGGCGCACAGAGGACAGCUCCCAGGCAGGCGGAACCUCCAAGUCCAGAAGGAGGAGUCAUCGGAGCCCAGACAAGAGCUCCCGCAGCCCCCUGAGGAACACCACACAGGACAGCAACGUCCACAGGAACAACUGUGUUGAGUUUAAAGAGCCUCUGACCUCUUAUAGGGAAGCAACCCCAACACCCCCCCUGACCUCCGAGCUGGAGGCCCACAGUCUGCAGUCAGAGGUUGCCACCCCCCCUCCCCCGGACUCCUGUCUCAGCCAGCUGGUCUACCAGUGUGACACGCGAGACCAGCAGACUCGCGGAGACCUGAACAGCACACACUCGUCUGCCCUGGACAGCACUGUGGUGUGCUAUCUCAACCACCGUCCCACGCUGGAAGCCCUGGGGCCCCCAGGCCACGCUGUUACAGCCAGAGAUGCUAACAAGGAGGGGGGCCCAGAGGACAGGCACAAAGCACACACCCUGGAGGGCCCGGCCCCACCCCCAGCAGAGACUGUUUCCUCAAGCCCUGGUUCGGCCUCCCAGAGGCUGGAGAACCUGAGGCAGAGGAAGCCUGACGAUAAGCUGAAGAAGCUGAAGGAGACGAUCCGCAGACAGAGAGAGCACCUGGAGGCUGCUGACAGAGACAGGCUUCUGGAGCAGCCUGUGGGCAUCAGUGGAGCUGUGGAGACGACCACCGUACCCACGGCUAAGAUACGUAAAGUAGCAGCCGCACCUCCGGCACCUAUUUACAAAGGUUUCAACAGGAGUGAGACCAAGAUCUGCGCUCCUGAUGGUAAAGUGUGGCGAGAGAUCUACAGAGACCUGUCUCGCCAGCUGUCAGAGAGCACCAAGCCCAAGCAGCGACCCACAGAGAAGGCUAAGGAAAGGAAGCCGUCCAAGCCUGUGAGGAAAAUCCAUAAAUCAGCUUCUGUUCCCGACCCGGAAACCAUGCUAGUGAUCAGCACCACGUCAUGGCGGGAGGGCCAGAAGCUGGUGAAGAUGGUACUGGGCCCCGCUCCACGUCUGCCUCAAGAGCAAAGGCCAGAUCCCACAGAAAGACUGGCCAGAACAGCAUCCCAUCCUCGGUCAAAUUCGGACCCCUGUUCAGAGCUGAAUCGGCGGUCCAGACCCAGCAGCUCAGAGAGACCCUGCAGCCGGUACAGGACCACCCCAGACCCUUUCUUUGCAGGCCCAGCCGAGGACAGGGCCCUCAACACAGACCUCCUGUCUGUAGACAUCCGGGGCAUCCUGGACGACCUGCAGCUGGAGCACAGAGCAGAGGAGCGAGCUCCAGUGGAGCCCAGGAUGGGUUCAGUGUCCGGCGCCAGAACCACAGCAUGGACAGCUGGUUGCUCAUCCUUACGGGGCUCCCGCAGUGCCAGCCCCACCAAGCGCAACAAGCCAGAGCCAUCAGAACCAGGGCCCAAGAAGAGGCACUACGACGCCGACUCAGUGCGCCAGUACAUCACCCGGCAACAAGAGGAGCGUAAGAGACGUCUAGUGGAGGAGCGAAGGGCCCAGAGGGAGGAGGCGGAGAGCAGGAGCCAACGUCUUCAGGAGCUAUACAGGAAACAGAGAGCGGGGGUAGCCAAUAAGGGCCCUGCGGUACUGGAGAGUCCAGUACAGAAACGCCUGCAGGAGACCUACACCAAACUACUACUGGAACAGGCGGAGUUAGAAGAGGAGCCUCUGCCUUACCAGACUCAGCCAGCCUCUACCACAGUCAUCCACCAGCAGAGGCCCCUGUACCAGCCAUCCGGGGAGUCGGACAAGGAGAACAAGAGGCAGGAGAGACCCCAGAGUGCCUCCUCUAGCAGUGACCUGUCUCUAUCUGAGAUACAACCUCCUCCACUCUCCAGGAAUGAGCUGGGACUGGGAGUUCCAUCGUGGCUGCAGCCAGACCGUCUGAGUUCUGUAGUUAGACUCUCUAGUGCUCUGGCUCCCACCACAGACAAGCUUUUCUCCCUGGGCCUGGAAACGGGAGGGGGCUCUGGGGUGAGGGGAACCAGCCCUCCAGCCAGGCCUCAGCACUCCACUCUCACAGGAGCAUCCAACAAGACCAAGAUGAACCGCAAUGAGGCCCUGAAAGCCACAGCCGCAUCCCUGUCUACCCGCAUAGAGAGUGAAGCACGGAAACUGGCCGGCACAGGGAUCAACUAUGGCUGUGCGAGGGACUUGGAUCUUACCGGUCUGACCCAUCUUCAGCCUCAAGACGACGGCUGCUGGGCCAAGCCUGUGAGUCCAUCGGUCAGAGAGAGCACUGAUGCUGCUGACGAGCUAUCCCUGAGGAUCCAGAGGCUACUGAGUGCUGGCCAGAGCACAUACAAUGAAGCUCUCCCAGGGGUGGGCAACCUGCACAGCUUCAGAGAACAGAGAGGCGGGGCCUCUGCUUCAGGCAGCAGGCCCCAGACAUCCCCAAGCGUUGGCUCCCAUAAGAGGCCGGAGGAGCACCCUGAGGUACCGGGGAAGACCAAGCUCCAUGACUCCAGCGGUGACUCCAUCAGUGAGGGCCCACUGCUGAGCGAGGGCAGCCUGUCAGAGGGAAACAAGAGCCCCUGCACGCACAUAAAGAGGGUCCCCAAACCAGCAGAGCGUCUCGGGUCACUGGACUUCUGUGCGGGCCAGAGGGAGGGCUUCCAGCCCAUCUCUCACUUCCAGAGAGUGGCAGAUAAGUACCCAGCCCUCAGCACCCUCCCGUUCUCUCAGCCACGGGACCGCAGCCGUGGCCCAUGGGAGGAACUGACCAAGGGAAGACCUCAUAGCGUCAUCAACAUCUUCACGAAGAACCACCUGCACAACCACACCAAGGUUGGAGGAGAGGAGCAGGCAGACAUGAGCUCCCCUGCUGUGCAUUGUGGCCUGUCUGCAGCCAGCUCGGUGGAUGUGGCACCAGCGUAUGAGGAUGACUUUGUGUCUUCCCGUAGCAGCGGGAGCAGCCAGUCUAAGAAAGGAUACAACGGAUGCAGCAUCACCAGUGGGAACAGUCACUAUGACGAGUUGAUGAGUCGCAGGUCCCCUUAUGACACCCGGACUAUAGACCUGCCAUCCCAUCACUCCUCAGGCUCCACUCCGGUAUCUUCACCUCACUCAAAGGGUUCGGUGAAAAGGGGCGCUGCUUCAGACAAGAGUGAUACCACUCUGGUGGAGGAGCAGAGGAGCCCCUGCUCUCCGGGAUCGGAGAGCCUGUCUAGAGACUCAAGACGAGGAGGCUCAGCCUCUGAGAGAAGCUCCAUCCACAGCCUGGUGAAGAGCGUGUACACUGACAGUACACUAGGGGGCGCCUCGGGCCACUUACACUGCAGUUUGGGCUUGGACAGUAAGAAGUCCCCCAGAAGCCCUAGCCCGUCUCCAGCUGGCUCUCCGACAGACUCUAGUUCUCCUCGUGUGUCUCCAGGCAGCGCCUCCCUAGCCGGGGCGGACAUCCUUGGUCUUGGGUCCGGCUGCCCUCACUCCUCAGCCCGCUCCUCCUCAUCCCUGUCCGCUACACUGGGGGGCAGAGCAGAGCCCACGGCUGCAGGUGAGCUCCACUACACCCCAGGGGUGUUGCAGCAGCGUAUGUCUGCAGAGCUCCACUACCUGGAGUCUAUAGAGGAGUCUGUGCGUCAGCUGGGCGACGUGGAGCGGUUAAGGGGCGUGUCUCUGGCGCAGCAGGAAAGUGUCUCGCUUGCCCAGAUACUCAAGGCGCAGCAGCAGCGGCACGAGCGCGACCUUCAUGAGUUGAAGAUGAAGGCAGAGCAGGAGGCGCUGGAGACCCAAUGGCAGCUGGAGGAGACACGGCAGAAAGCAGCCAGGGCUCACGUGGAGCUGCAGGAGAACAUGGCUCAGACCCAGCAGCAGUCUCUGGGAGGCAUGCAGGAGGCCACCGCUAAGAUGAUCAGCCAACAGGCCGAGUCUGUACACUAUACGGCCGUAGCUGCUCGCCAAGUCAAAGAGAUGACGGAGCUGGCCCUUUCUCAGAUCGCUGGAGGCAUCGGUGACCCUGCUGCUGCUCCCAUCAGCACCCUGUUUGACCAGCAGAGGCAGCAUCACCAGAGCUUCAUGGGUGAGAUGUCUGCUGCCAAGUACAGAACCGAGGAGCCCUUCUCCCUGGACAGCCGCUCUGACUCCACCCCCUCCAGGAGACCCAACAUCAGUGGUGGAGAAAGCAGCCACUGGAGUCCCUCCCUGGCCUCCUCUGAGAAGAGACCGAGGAGGAAGGUGGAGUCAGGUAACAGCUCAGUGGUGGAGGCGGUGGCCCAUACAUCAGCUGAAGAUUCCAUCCCCAGUGACAGUGUUCAGGACCUACUGGAUGAGAAAGACAGCGCCUCAGUUGCUACAGAGUACUCUCUGAAGUUUGACGAGUCCAUGACGGAGGAUGAAAUUGAGGAGCGUUCGUUCCGCUCGCUGCUGCCCUCCGAGUCUCACCGGCGUGGAGUGUUGGAGAAGAAGAGAGUUCCUCACGAGGAGUCAGAUGACGAGCCCAGUCAGGAGAACCCCACAGCACAGGACAGCUCCAAGCAGGACGGCAGCAUGCCCUUCUCCAGCGGACAGGACAGCUUCUCCAGGUUCACCAUGGACAUGGUGCGCCAGUACAUGAAGGAGGAGGAGGUGCGCGCCCACCACCAGAGCUCCCUGCUGCGCCUGCGACAGAAAGCCCUUAUGGAGAAGACCAAGGCCGAGCUCGCCUGGCUGGAGCAUCAGAAAAGGCGCCUCAGAGACAAGGGUGAGGAUGACAAGAUGCCACCCAUCAGAAAGAAGCAGAGAGGCCUACUGAUGAAACUUCAACAGGAACAGGCGGAGAUCAAGCGUCUGCAGGAGGCCAACAGGGAAGCCAGGAAGGAGAGGCAGCUGCUGCUCAAACAGCAGGAGGAGAUAGAGAGGAUGAGAUACACCACCCUAAAGCUGAAGGAGCGCCUCAAGUGUGCCAGCACCGGUGACACCCCACCAGAGACUCCAGUGACGGAGCACGUCGAAGGGGCAACCUCCCCCAGUGCUGCGAUGACUGACGGGGACGUGCGCAGCGCCUCACCUCUCUCAGUGUCUGGCAGUGAGACCAGCAGCAUCAUGCAGAAGCUCAAGAAGAUGCGCUCUCACAUGGAUAAGAAGUUCCUGACCAAGCGGGAGCAGGGACUGAUGCAUCGGCGGAGGCACGCGGAGGAGCUGCUGGAGUGGAAGCAGAGGCUGGAUGCUGAGGAGGCUGAGGUGAGGCGGAUGGAGAAGCAGGCCCUGGCUGCCUGGGACAGAGAGCGUCCUAGAGACGGAGACCAGAGGUCAGAUCACAGAGACUGCUCCAACGCCAGCCCCAAUGCCAGCUCUGGCCAGCAUGACCCUGAGGGAAAGACUGACAGAGACUCUGUGAGUGAGGGUGACUACUCCCCAGUAGUGACUGGCUCCAGCGUGCACACAGAGCUCUCUGGGUCCCAGCAGCCAGACAUCCCCUCCACUGAUCAGCCUGGCUCUGUCUCUGAGCUGCCCUCCACCCAGCACAGCCCCUCCAUCUACACCCAGGACUUAGACUCCCCCUCUGCGAGCAAGAGAUCUCCUUCACCAAAAGCCAGGCUCAGCACUAACACACACCCAGAGGGCAGCAGCAGCAAGAUGCAGCUCUGCUCCUCCUCCAGGACCGCCAGCCACGACCCCAAGGCCGCUGACACUCCCUCUGGCACACACACAGAGCCGAUGUCGGCUCAGAGCGACAUCGAGACCCGUAUCCGUGCCCUCAAAGAGGAGCUGCGCAAACGCAAGUCUGUGGUGUACCAGCUGAAGAAGGAGCAGAAGAAGAGGCACAAAGAGCGUCUGAAAGCCCAGGAGGCCAGCCUGCUGAAGCAGCUAGAGUCCUACAAUGAUUUCAUUGAGAAGACCGAGACUGAGUUGAGUAAGGAACCGGACUCGACACCUGCUGCCAAGCCUCAGAUCAAGGCCCCCACCUCAGCCACAGAGAAGCCCAAGAUUAAACCACCACCUCCUUACAGACCUGAAACUGGCAAAAACUGUAAGGCUGUCUCUGACUCAGAGAAAGCUGAGAAGACACUUCCACAUGCUCCAGUUGAACAAGAUGACCUCACAAAAUCUGGGCUCAGUAAGUAUUCAGCAUGGCAUGAGGAGUCCUCAGACGAGGUCCCCCCUACUGUCACCCCAACUCCAGUGUAUGGGAGUCCAGAGCACACCAACUGUCUGAGGGGCGUGCCUCCCCCAGAGCCUCUCCCCAGGCAGCCCUCUGAGGGGGCACUCCCCCUGAGGGAGCCAGCCAGGCCACAGGCCACCGACUCUGGGGAUGAGCGUGUCGUCUCUAGCCACCGGUUAGAGGUCAUGGAGGAGCUGGACUCUGUGAAGUCUGAAGGAUCUAAGCACACUCAGUCACGCUCUGAAGACUGUCACUUUGACCAUCUACUCAAACUUGACCUAGAGCACAGCCCAAGUUCCCAGCAUCACCAUUCUCUGUCAGAACAUGUUUCCUCAGAGAAAGGAGAACAAGGGAUUUCCCUGAUAAGCAGUCUUGAUGUUGAUGAGAUAUCUGCUAAGUCACCAUCCCCCAUCAAAGAGCGAUCCUACACCCCUGAGUCUGAUGUCUUGUCAUCAAAGGGUAAGGAUGCCUCUCCUCCUUCAGCUGAUGGUUGUCAUGAAGACUUUGAAUUCUCAGUGCAUUUGUCACUCAGGGAGGAAAACCAAGGCUCCAAACCUACCUCACCAUCCCGCCAAGAGACCAGAGAGGCUUCCCACAGCAGGUCACCCUUCUACAGUAGUGAGGAGGAGAUCGGUGAGGAGCCAAGUGGAAGAUCUAGAGCUCCUGGUGGCAGUCCUCGCUCUGAAAGACUUCUUGACCUGCAGAGCCAAACCAAGGAUUCCCAGGUCAUUAGUUCAAACCGCUCCCCAACUAUCUCCCCUUCCCAGACCCCACCUUCACCAGCACUGGAUGAAAUGCCUAACUUCACCAUUGGAGACAGGGUUUUAGUGAGCAACGUUCAGCCUGGUACGCUUAGAUUCAAGGGCCACACCAGCUUUGCCAACGGCUUCUGGGCUGGAGUGGAGCUGGACAAGUCUGAAGGAAGCAAUAAUGGCACCUAUGAUGGGGUGGUGUACUUUGAGUGUGAAGAGGACCAUGGCAUCUUCGCUCCUCCGGACAAGAUCUUCCGUAUGCCAGAGAAGUUUGAGAUCUACGUGGACACCACAGAGGACGAGGACUCGUUCCUUGACGACCAAUCUGAAAACGAGCCAAAGAAAUGCAACUUUGAGGAGAAAAUGCAUGAAAGCAAUCUGCAAAAUAAAAGAGGGGGUGUAUCUCAGAGUAAUCGUUCUGGAGACAACGGACCUACUGAUGUGAAUGAUGAUUCAGCUGAACACCAGAAAAACUUGAUCAACUUACAUGAGUUCAGAGAGGGAGAAUAUUCAAUGUCCAAUGAAAGAACCAAGACCAUCAUUCUGGACCUUGAAGAUGUACCUACCAGUCUCUUCAUCACUGACAUAGACCGUAAGAUAACUCUUGAUGAGACCUCUACCAUCAUUGAGAGGAAUGGCCUAGAUGCCCAUCAGAAAUCUACUCCAGAGCAGACUGUGGGGAAAGACACCCUCAGUGCUUUUGCAGAUAAGCUCCUCAACAACUUCAUGAAAGACGCUGUGAAGCAAUUCGCACAGAUCAGAAAGGCCAAAGAAGAGAAGAUAUCAGCUGUUAAUCAAAUGAAAGAUGACCUUUUUAAUAAAGAGGGUAGGGAAACGGUCUCCCAAGCUCACGUUGUGGCACAGAGAGAUGGUCUGCCCUUCUUCCUAGAUGGAGACCAAGAGGAGCAAGUGUCGUCUCCAGAACUCUGUAACCGGCCGGAGAGUCCAGUGUUGGGGGCUAGUGGUCAGGAAGAGUUGACCAAGCGUCUGGCAGAGCUGGAGUUGAACCGGGAGCUGCUGGAUGAACUGGGGGACGAGCAGGACUGGUUCGAUGAGGAUUAUGGCCUCAGCUCCCAUAGAGAGCAGCAAAAAUGGAAACAACAGCAGGAGGAGGAGGGGCUGUCAGUAAGCCUGGUUGACCAGGUGAAGACCCCACCCAGACCAGAGCUGCCCCGGCAGCCCAAGCUCCCUGAGCAGCCUGCCAUGGUGGUGCCCCACUCCGCCCCGAAGGUGGAGAAGCUGGUUGACGCUGCCACCCAGGAGAUCUGGAACCAAUGUAAACUGGGCCAGGGCACACAGACUCUCACUGGGCUCCCAGUCCCUAAGCCUUCAGAGGAGUUCCUGGGAUGCGAUGGCAAGGAUCAAGAAAGUAAAUGUGUUCGCAGCUACAGACAGGCUGUAUAUGACUUAACAUGGGAGAUCAUCCAGGAGAUCUUUGCAGAGGAUCCUAACGCCCAUCAGCCUCAGUGGGUCAAGCCUCGACACAUGAACUCCUCCUACUUCCAUAGAGUAAAGAGCCCUGGCGACAUCACCAGAGUUCAGGCGUUCAUCACCACAGAGGUGUUGAAACUGUAUAGCCUGAAGAAAGACCUCAACCAGAAAACAGAUUGGCAGAAGAUGCUGAAAUUCGGAAGGAAAAAACGGGAUCGAGUAGAUCAUAUUCUGGUCCAGGAGCUUCAUGAGGAAGAGUCUCAGUGGGUGAACUAUGAUGAGGAUGAGCUCUAUGUCAAGAUGCAGUUGGCUGACGGUAUCUUUGAUGCGUUGAUUAAAGACACAGCAGAAGUUCUCACACAAAUUCAGGAGAAGAGAUCGAAAAGAGCCCUUUCCUGAGCUUUUAAGCCUCCAUUGUAAACCCAUCUUCCACCAGACAGUCCCUCCCACAGCCAACGUGCCAAUGAUCUCCAGAUGCCUUCAGUUCAGUCAAACUGGUUCCCCUCUGCAACAUAGCUUUGGACUAGCUAAUUGUGGAUCUACCACAUGUCUUACGCCAAACAUCUUUGAUCCAGCCUUCAACCAACAUGUAAAGCCUCCCAUGUUGGCUCCCCUGUUCAUGUCCAGUCAAAGAUGGAGUGGAUCUUGUUUCCCAUUAAAUUCAUCAAUGCUGCUAAAUUGACUGUUCCGUGGCUCAUGAACGCAAGACAGUAUUGAGGAGCAGUCUGGGUCAUCUAACAACAGGUGAUGAGAAGAUUAUAUAUCAAGUGUGGAAGUCAUUGGGGUUAUCAGAUUGUAUGAAAAUGAAAUAUUUUGCCUUUUGUAUUGUGCUAUUUAUUGUAUGGAAAUUAUUUGAUUAUGGUUUUGUUGUUGAAACAAACUUGCUGUUAACAGGUUUCGAAACAAAGAUUAUUUUAGCAUUUUGUAAAAGAAUGGUGAAAUAACAAAGCACAAAAAGAAAUGUGAAUGUAGAAAUGGCAAUACAUUGUAUAGGAAGUGAGUGAAAAAUAAAUUAAAAUCUACCUUUUUGUAUUUAAUAUUUAAGAAUCCAAAUAUUAGUAAUUGAUGGGUUUAAACACUGUCCUUUUUCUUCCAUGUUUUUGCCUAGUAACUAGUGUAUUGGCAAUGAAAACAGAUGCCUAGAGGUUCUACCUGGUUAGAUUGGAAACCAGCCUGUCACGCUGGAUUCAAGCCUUAAAAUUAGCCUUUUACCUGAUUCAGUUAGUGCCUCUUUUUUUUUGUUCUGUAUGAUUAUGAAUUGCCGCACUCAAAAGCAACAACACAAUUUACAGGCCUUAGUUGACGUCUCUACUCUUAUGUACCUCCUUUCUUUGAAUGAUAUUUAAAUAUACAGUACAUACCUUUUCAUAAAUACCUAAAGUAAAAGUAUUUUUCCAACUGGGUUAAACUUCAGUCUCUGCCUUGUUCAGUGUCUACCUAGGUAUAGUUCUAACCAGAGAACACCUUUUGAAAUCCCCCAUUUGCCUUUUGCUUACAGACUGUCAGUAUUGCAUUUCUAAUGGUUCUAAGGUAGCAUGACUCAAAUGCCAUUUAUGGUAGGUAAAUAUAUUAUGCCUUUGGGUGUCACUGAUGAUGCACUCUUGAUUUACUGCAAUGGAACCUAGUGUUCUCUCCAUUCGUCACGUACACAAUGGCUUUAGCAGCAUGGUAGCAAGUGUGAGUCAUUGAUUAAUUUGUGUGGGUCCUAGCAUUCAACAACAAUGUUCAAGGGCUUAUUCUGUCCUCUCAUCAGUAGAUACUUUAGUCCAAGAAUACUGUGGUGUACAAAUUAAUUUACCAUGCACAGUGAUGCUUGUCAAUUGUAAUUUUGGUUAGACAAGUGACCUUAAUGGUGGGAAUGAAAGUAGUUUACAUGCCAAUUUGCAUUUUACAACCACUGUUGUUUUACCAGAAGGAGUGGAUAAACUGUUAACUGUCAGUUGUGAAUUUGCAUUUUACCACCGCUGUUAUUUUACCAGAAGGAGUAGAUACUGUUAACUGUCUAUUGUGAGACGUUGGACUGUACAUUUCCCUUUGAUACCCAUUUCUCCAUGAUAUGCCUCAUUUUGUGUGGAAUGAGAAAAUAGUGAUGUGAUUUAAUACCUAGUAAAUUAAUUUCCACAAGACUGUAUUGCAACACCUCACCGUAGAAUGGUGAGAAAAAUCUGAAUUGAUUGUAGCUGUGGAGAAAUAUGAAUUGAUUGUAGCUGGUGGAUGUAAUGUCCCAUUUAUAACUAUGCAGUAUUUGUUGGUUGGGUACAUUGUCUUAUGUUUGGAUCAUACAAGCCAGCUUUGUAGUCUUGUGGAAAAACAUUGAAUUGCAAUGUAACCAAUACGCCUCCAAACAGUUUUCAAACCGCUGUCUGUAGUAGGUUUGUGUUGGCCCUUGCUGUGAAGAUGAAAAUUUUAACUCCAAAGCAAAAAUGUAUUUGAGGCAAAAAUGGUUUGAUAAUGAAGAUCUUUUUGCAUCUUUUAAAGUGUAUGAAUAUUUAGAAUGUACUACUGUCAGAGACGCAGGUACACUAGACUUGUAAAUUGUUUUAUGGGGUGUAAAUAUACUAGAAAAGUUCCCUAUUGGAUCUGACUCACUAUUGAACCUGGAAGAUUUUGUAAAAUAAACAUUGUUCACAUGUAUAUAGUAUACAUAUAUUUUAACUAAAUUGAACUUUGAAAUUGUAAAUAAAACUUUAUUUCCAAAUAUUAAAUGUGUGCUAUAACCUGCAAAAGGCAUGCCUAGCACAGUGCCUUAA